AAAAAGAAUCACACACGUGUAAAGGGAGACACAUCUGAGCUGCACGUGUCCAUGGUUACUAUUUAAAUUGUGUUCUUUACCCAUUUCUUUCUUCUUUUCAACACCGUAACCAUGCAACCCAAAGAACAUAAGCAUCACAAAUCAAUGCCUUCACUUUCUUCAUCUAUUUCCAGUAAUGAAAUUAGUAUUCAAUCAUCACCUCGCACCUCAAUGUCAUGUAAUAGAAUGUCAGACCAAGUAAGAAUAAAGCGAUGGGACGACUCACCAUUCGAAAUGGAGCUUGCAGAAGAUGAUUUUAUUAAGCCAAAUACAAAUUCACAUAAAUUCUCGGAAACACUUCGAGAUAAAUUUCGUCACAUUCGAAGAGAAGAAUACCGCCGUCAUAAAUUCUUUAAAAAGUUAUACCACUGGUUUAUGUAAUCGAAUAGAACCCAUAUGCAUACCCUUUCUCUGUAAAUAGUCAUGUUCUCCUUAUUUAUCCUCCCCAUUAUUUAUGUUAUGAAUAAAUACACCUUAUUUUGUCAUGUAUUAAGC